UGUGGGAAUACUGUCAUGGCUUGGCUCUCAGCCACAACAAACGCACGAUGGAGACUGUGGCGCGAGUAGAAAAAGAGAGAAGUUUUAUUCCACCGCUACCGGAUAACAACACCGGCGGAAACACAAUUCAUAGCCCGGAGGUCAGCGGUUCCUGGCUGCUCCUCGUCCUACAUCCUCCGGCCAGAGAGAGAAAGACUGCAGCCCUCCUCAGGUCCUUUAUGGAGAUCCUGAUUGGAUUGAGAGCACCUGGGGAGAGGCUGCACCUGGAGACAAUCAGGGAGAGAGACGCACACACACACCCACCCACACCCCAGCACAGACAGUGAGGCAGAGGUCGUCACAAUACACUCAUCUUUUAUCAUAUACCUGUGUCAGAUUUGUGUGUGUGUGUGCGUUUGUGUGUUAGGUGGAUUAUCAGUGUCUAAAAUGGGAUGUGUGGAUGAAUAACUGGUUCGCUCAUGGACAUGAAAAUCACCGGCUGUGAGCUAUAUUUACUACUAUUGUUCAGAUUGUGUUUGUGUGUGUGUGUGUGUGUGUGUGUCCUUUUGCAGCAGCGGUGCAAGAAUGCUACAAAGUUUAUGUAGUCACUCACACCCUUGCCUUGUCCUCCCUGCUGCCGGGGACUUGCUUGGAGAGGCAGCUGUAGGAGACAGACAUGGACCUUCUUGAGCAGUCAGCUUAAGGCCAUGUCCACAUUUCCAUUUUAGAAGGCAUACCUUUAGUUUUGACUGUAAAAUCAUUUCAAUAUUGACAAACCGAUAGCAGGCCGUAAACACAUUGUAAACCAUCUCUCUUUCUCUGAGUGCUCAGCGUUGGUCUCUCGACCAGCUGAUCACUCGUCCAGGCCCAGCAGCAGCUGAAGCUUAUUAAAGGUCACUAUUUCAGGACGUGUUACACCUCUAAUCUUCCCUCCGCCCUUCUGCUCAUCUGUCCUUUCCUCACUUGUCAACCGGUCUUACCUUAAAUCUCAUAUUCCUCAUUGGUUUACCCUUUGGAUCAGUUUUUCUCCCUGUGAUCUCUGUUUUUUUUGUUUCUGUCUUUAACUGUUGAACUAUCGGCCCAUAUUUCUGUCUUUUUGUCAGUAAACUGCUGUAAACUGAAACAUUCUUCUGAAACUCUUGGUUAUUUAUUUGACCUUGCAAUUUGGAUAAAUGGUCGUUCAGGAUGCCAUGAUCAGCUGUAACGCCAUAUCAGCAAACAAGCUGUGAUGAAGCCACGUUCACCAGCUUCCGGGUGUAACCAGCAGACGCAGUCAGUGAACAUGGAGCAGUAUUGAGCAGCCUAAGAGACACAGAAAUCGCUCAGGAGCUGAUAGAGACCAAAUACCGAACACAAAAACAUCAUCAGCCCUCCUUGUUCCAGGUCCGUACCACCAUGCAGGUGAACAGCGGUCGUUUCCGAUGUCCGUCCUGCAGACAGGAAGUUGUGCUGGAUCGUCACGGUGUCUACGGCCUGCCACGGAACCUGCUGGUGGAGAACAUCAUCGAUGUCUACAAACAGGAAGUCAUCAAUAACAGCAAAGCCGCGAGCCCUGUCCCUCCUCCUCUUUUUCCUGCUCAGAUGACAUGUUCAGAUCAUGAGGGUGAGAGGGUGAACAUUUACUGUCUCACCUGUCAGGUUCCUACAUGUUCUCUCUGUAAAGUGUUCGGGGCUCAUCAGUCCUGUCAGGUGGCUCCUCUGACAGACAUCUAUCAGCAGAAGAAGGAUGAGCUGAUUGAAGGGGUCAGUUCUUUGGUGUCAGUCAACGACAAAGUCCAGGCUUUGAUCAAUGAGCUGGAGGAGACUUGCAAAAAUAUAGAGGAGAACUGUAAGACUCAGAAACAAAGUGUGUGUGAGAAGUUCGAUCGUGUGUUUUUGAUCCUUGAGGAGAGACGAAAGGUGAUGACGCAGCGAAUCAGCUCUGAGCAGGAAGAGAAGACAAGCCACGCCCAGUCGUUGGUGCGUUGCUAUGGAGACAGCGUGGAAGCCAACAGCAAACUUGUGGAGAGAGCAGUGAGCAGCAUGGAGGAACCAGACAUGGCUGCUUUUGUUCAGAAUUCAAGAGAGUUGAUCACAAAAGUGAUAACAGCGACCGGCUCUUGUCCAGCUGAGACAUUGAAACCAGGUUGUGAGAGUUUGAGCCACUACAUAUUUAACUUCAGCAGACAAGAGAGGGCUCUGAGGAGCAUAGACUUCCUCAAAGUUUUGCAAAAUGUUCCUGAAGAACCAGUGGUGGAAAAUGUUCCUGAAGAACCAGUGGUGCAAAAUGUUCCUGAAGAACCAGUGGUGGAAAAUGUUCCUGAAGAACCAGUGGUGCAAAAUGUUCCUGAAGAACCAGUGGUGGAAAAUGUUCCUGAAGAACCAGUGGUGCAAAAUGUUCCUGAAGAACUAGUGGUGCAAAAUGUUCCUGAAGAACCAGUGGUGCAAAAUGUUCCUGAAGAACCAGUGGUGCAAAAUGUUCCUGAAGAACCAGUGGUGCAAAAUGUUCCUGAAGAACCAGUGGUGCAAAAUGUUCCGGAAAAAACAGUGGUGGGAAAGAAGCCUGAAGAACCCAGAACGCCCUCUGUCCAGAUUGUAGAACCAAAACACCAUCAGGAAACCUCCCCACCCAACCCGGAAUCUGUUGUAGAACCAAUUAAAGAGCUAAUCCCAACGCCGAUAUCCCCACCAGUGAGAACAGCUGCACCAACAUCAGCCUCAGUCCCACCAGCUCCAGGUCUGGUGAAGGACUCCGUGGAGCACGCAUGGGCGGUUCUACAGCCGGAAACCAAUGACCCGGACUUAAAUGCUGGAGAAUCCGGUCUGAUGAAGAACAAAACAGAGGAUCAAAAAGAGCAGGCCGAGGGAUGUGCAGCUGCUCGUAAAGAAGGAGCCGUCUGUGAAGAGCAGGAGGGAAUGAGCACACAGCAGGCUGUCAUUCUGCUCUUCUACCUGUUGGUCUUCCUGGCCCUCCUGCAGAAGGUUUGGGCUUACAUCGGCUGCUUCAUUUACACAUAAUACCAGCAGGAGACACAGCCAUCCUCACUGCUGCUCCGCUCAGAUGGAGACUGGGUCGAGGAGUCCUGCUGAGACCAGUCCUCCAUCCUCGUCUUGCUCCUUUGUUAAAAACAAUACGAUUUUGCUCCGCUCCAUGUCAUGCUGUCUGCGCGCCUUGAGUACGAGGGGGCGGGGCUCACACUGAGUGGCGUCAAGUGCCGACCGUCUUCGACUUAAAAAAAUUAAAGAUGCCAGAAGUACUUUUUCAACAUUGCAGACAUGUUUCCGAAAUUUAAUUUAAGUCAGUUGAAUCUCUGUUUUUGGGGGGUUUCGUCUGGGUUUGAUCAUGUUUUAUUUAAAGCAUCCUCAUUUCACAGGAUGACCCCAGACGCACUUGCUCAUUCGAAAUAGUUCCUCUGUUUUGCAUGUCGGUGUAUUUUAAUUUAAUUACAUUUAUUGAAUUAAAAUGUUUACAUUUUAUUAUAUAUAUUUACACACAAAUAUAUUGCUGGAAGAUGUUCUAGAUGUGUAACCUUGAAUUAGUUAAUAAUUUUUUUGAAUACCUUG